UUUAUGCUUCGAACCUAGACGGCAGAAGUAUUAUUCUUUCGUCCUCGUCCUGCUUUUUUAAAUUCUAACAAAAUGGAUACUAGAAAACACAGUACAGCUGGUUUACCUCAGUCUGCUGAGCUCAUGGUAGCAUGCAGCUUCCCAAGUUCUUCAGCUCUUGCCUUAGUGUCACCACGAAUGGCGAAACUCUGCGCCACGAUUGAACAUGCGCUCAGUUCCAUCCCAGUAAUAAGAGAGAACCCAAAUUUAACAACAACACUGUUAUCCUCGCCAUACCGAAUUUCUUAUGGAAUGCUGAACGCCAUGACCAAUCUAACCAAACGACUCAUAGCAAAUCCUCUUCAAGUGGUGACAGACUAUUAUGGAUCUAGGGAAAGUAUCGUGUCCCGUAUUUCUGAACUAAUAGGCAACUUGAGGUUUUCUCUUUCAACUAUAAGCAGAAAGCGGGACGAGCCGUGUACCCUUAUGCAUUUAAAUCAAUUAGCUAAUCAGUUGCAGCAGUUAGCAGAGAACGUCGCUAAUCUCCAAGAAACCAAUGAAGAAUCCAAGGCAAAGUCCCAACAAGAGAAUUUGCUGGCGGAAGUAGGCGACAUGAAGGGUUAUCUAGAAUUACUGUACCAACAGCUUAAACAGGAAGAGCUAAAGAAAAUUCAGAUUGAAGAGGAAAAUUGCGUUUUGCGACAGUCGAUUGGGAAGUAUUCGAUGAUUGACAGCCAGACAAGUUGGGACAUCUCUGUUAAACGAGAAGCGGAUGGAAUCAGUGACAAAUUAAGCAAUUUCUACAGCAGUUUGAGCCAUUCAGCUCAACUCAGCACAGCCUGCCUAGAAUCGAAAGAUAAAAAUCCCCCUGCCAUCGUUGAAACUUCUAUGGAUGAAUUUCGUUUAAAAAUAAGCUACUUGUAUCAAGAAGGCAGCAUUGCUUGGGCAAGGCCACCCAAAAACGGAGACACCGUCGUUUUUACUUUUCACCAGCCAGUUCUAUUAAAAAGGUUUAAAAUAGGAACCGGUCAUUACGAAUACCCUACAAACAAGUUGAGCGAUGCCACGGUUGAAAUUCUACUGAUGUCGUCGGACAUCGAGAUAAAAAAUCUGGUCGUCACAUCAGAUGACUAUCUAGUCGUUGGAAAAUUUGAUGAGUCAGGUUUGGCAGAGGGAAAUAUUGACUGGCAUACUUUAGGAACUGUUCAACGCUUACGUGUUAACAUUCAUUCUAAUCAUCAAAACUGGGUCGUAAUGAGUGAGUUGUCACUUGAAACAGUUCCUCUAAUGGGCGAAAAUAUUGGAUCGGAAGAAGAUUUUGAAAGUUGGUGAGACGAGUAACUUAAGAUCCAUAUCAUUACGAAACAAUUGUUAUCGGGUUUAACACAAGAAUUUCUUCGAGAAUGGUUACUACAAUAAUUCUUCUGAAGAUUAGAUAGGCACUAAAACCUUUUUGGUACAAAACUCAUUGUGAUUAUCUUUUGGAAAAUCACAAAAAAUGCAAUUUAAUUAAUGUUGAAAAUAUAUACACUCAUUAUUCAAAA